AUGGCUGCCCCCGCCAACAAGUUCAAGGUCGCUGACCUGUCCCUCGCCGCCUUCGGCCGCAAGGAGAUCGAGCUCGCCGAGAACGAGAUGCCCGGUCUUAUGCAGACUCGCGCCAAGUACGCUGCCGACCAGCCCCUCAAGGGUGCCCGUAUCGCCGGUUGCUUGCACAUGACCAUCCAGACCGCCGUCCUCAUCGAGACCCUCACUGCUCUCGGUGCUGAGGUUACCUGGACUUCCUGCAACAUCUUCUCCACCCAGGACCACGCCGCUGCUGCCAUUGCCGCUGCCGGUGUUCCCGUCUUCGCCUGGAAGGGUGAGACCGAGGAGGAGUACAACUGGUGCUUGGAGCAGCAGCUGUCCGCCUUCAAGGAUGGCCAGAAGCUCAACCUCAUCCUCGACGACGGUGGUGACCUGACCCACCUCGUCCACGAGAAGUACCCCGAGAUGCUCAAGGGCUGCUACGGUGUCUCUGAGGAGACCACCACCGGUGUCCACCACCUCUACAAGAUGCUCAAGGACGGCAAGCUCCUUGUCCCCUCCAUCAACGUCAACGACUCCGUCACAAAGUCCAAGUUUGACAACCUGUACGGCUGCCGCGAGUCCCUCAUUGACGGAAUCAAGCGUGCUACCGAUGUCAUGGUUGCCGGCAAGAUCGCCGUCGUCGCUGGUUUCGGUGAUGUCGGCAAGGGCUGCGCCCAGGCCCUGCACACCAUGGGUGCUCGUGUCAUUGUUACCGAGAUUGACCCCAUCAACGCCCUCCAGGCCGCCAUGGCCGGCUACGAGGUCACCACCAUGGAGAAGGCCGCUCCCCGCGGUCAGAUCUUCGUCACCACCACUGGCUGCCGUGAUAUCCUUACUGGCGCUCACUUCGACGUCAUGCCCAACGAUGCCAUUGUCUGCAACAUUGGUCACUUCGACAUCGAGAUCGACGUCGCCUGGCUCAAGGCCAACGCCCAGAGCGUCCAGAACAUCAAGCCCCAGGUCGACCGCUUCCUGAUGAAGAACGGCCGCCACAUCAUCCUCCUUGCCGAGGGUCGUCUGGUCAACCUUGGCUGUGCCACCGGCCACUCCUCCUUCGUCAUGUCCUGCUCCUUCACCAACCAGGUCCUUGCCCAGAUCAUGCUGUACAAGUCCGGUGACGCCGCCUGGGGCCAGAAGUACGUUGAGUUCGCCAAGGCUGGCAAGCUCGACGUCGGUGUCUACGUCCUCCCCAAGGUCCUUGACGAGGAGGUCGCCAGACUCCACCUGUCCCACGUCAACGUUGAGCUCACCGAGCUCACCAAGACCCAGGCUGACUACCUCAGCAUCACCGUUGAGGGUCCCUACAAGAGCGACAUCUACCGCUACUAA